UCCAUUUGAUUGUCUUGAGACAGAGAGAGAGACUCCCAAGAGCUGAAGAACUCCUUCCUGCGAAGCUAUUGAAGAGAAUCGAAGAACUUGCAAGAGAAUCGAAGGUGCAGAUCGAUUCUAUUCUUCAAAGAUCACAUUCCGGGUUGUUGUUGUUCCAAAGUAUUCAUUCUUAUCAAAGACAUGGGACACAUUGGACGACCGAUGGUGGAGGUGUUCUCGGUGCGCAUCAACCGCAUCGACGGAGAGAAGCUCUACGGCACAAUCACAGUCACCGACGGACUGAGUACUCAAUUCAUCUACAACCGAUCAAGAGAUCAUUACGAAUCCAUCAGCCCGGGCGAAACCGCUUUGCUGACUGGUCCAGCUCGAUCCAUCUCAGCCUCCGACAGCUUCACCAUCGACGUGGCUCUCAAGGAUAAGGACAAAUUGUCUCCGGACGAUGAUGUCAGCAGCGAGCAGAUACCGUGGAACGUUUACGACACCAAUAAGUAUAAUGAGCCCUUAUACGACGACGUUCCUGGCAAGAAUGGUUCGGUGACGGUCAACUACGUAGUGUUGAGGAAAGCGCUGGAGGCUACUGUGGAAGUUACGCUCGUAAACCGAGGUGGGGAAGACUCGCUUCCUGUUUACGGACUGCUUACUGCUCGCAAUGGAAAUUUCAUGAAUGAAAGCGUGCUCUUCCGGAAGAAAUCAGAUGAGCACGUAGAUGUAAGGCCCGAGCAGCCCAUCCCGUUGUCGAGAUCUGUGGUGGCCGUGCCAUCCAACUCCUCCCUCAUAGUUUGGGCAGGUCUGAUGGAUCACAACGGUGAGAUUGCCAAGGGCACUGCAGAGUUUCCUGCUCAACACUCCGGCACAGCUCAGGAGAAUAUUUUCGGACAGCAUGGUGAGAUCCGAGUUAAGGUCACUUGGUCAUUAUGGUGACAUCCCAGUUAAGGUCACUUGGACUUGAGACCGACGAAUAUAUAUAUAUAAUAUGUCACUAGUCAAAUAUAUAAUAUGUCACUAAGUCAUUUAUGGCGAGUGUUUUGUUUUAAUAAGUUGAUUGUAACUGUGGUAUGGAUGUUUCAGUUCUAUAUUAUUAAUUACAUAUAAAAUAAUUUCUCUGUUUUGAUGUUGUUAAA